CAUAUCUGAUGCAUUUGGAUGAAUUCACACAUACCAAUUCUGAUCACUAUUUCGCUUAUGUAAGCCCAAAGACGAUGCAACUAGGGGUCCCACAUUGCGGAGAGGCCCCACCAUUUGGACAUCAGCUCAAAGCUGCUUCCAUAUUUUGGCAACAUUAAUACCCCUGCAGAGCACGCCAAAUCAGAGCACUCGAUGGAAUUGCUAUUGCUGCGACCUUGAAAGAAUGGAUUCUGGUCAAUCAGCUGCGACAAAUGCUUCUGGCCAGGCGGGAACUAAUGUAGAUGGAAAUGCUCAACAAACAGCAGUUUCUGGGUCCGAAGAGGUAUGGGAUGAAGCAAAACUCGAGCAGGCGAUGAAAACUUUAAAGGAAAUGCACAUUCAAGUCAGUCGCGUAUCGUUCUAGAGGUUGUAACGAGUAUUAGCUAACAAGGUGUUUAGUGUCGCAAUCUACGAUCUACAAUCCCAAGACUGCUUUCCCCAUUGGCAACUAAGCAGCAAUCACGUACGUUCUCAAUCUGCGAUUUUAAGAAGCACCCAAGCUUCAGGAAAUUGUAGCUGACCAGUAUAUACAGCCGAGAAGCUCUUUUCUUCUUUUCAGCAAGCAGCUACCACUUCAAAUAAGGAAGUACGGGAGUUCACACGGCUGAUGAAAGAUGAAGAAAGUGUGAAGCUCUUUGAGCAUGCAAAGAAGAGUCGAGCCGAAAAUCCACAUGGGAUAAAACCUUGGAGAGUCACACAAUACCCCGAUUGGCUUGAUAGGGAUACAUGAGACAUAUUCCGCGACAGUACGAAAUAUUCCGGCGGGGCAAUGUAAUAUAGGAUCCAGGCAUAUUGACGAUUUCUGGGUAAGGGGCGAUUUUUGGGAUAUACGGUAGUGGGCGUUGGGUGUUUUCGGUAAAUAUAUCAUAACCGGGAAACGCAUAGAAAACACAUUACAUUAUCCUAAUAACCUGAAGCGUGAUGCUCCUAAUGACAGUAAUGGG